CCUACGUUUCUCAAACCACAACCACAAAACUCCCCACAAUUCCACAAUCCCUUAAUUCUUUUUUCUAUAUAAUAAACUCCACCUUCUUCUUUACUCUCUCAUCUUCACACCCACUUCAAAAUUCCUUCAUCUUCUUAUCUUUUCCUUAUAUGAGGGGAAAAAAGGUUGAAUUACAUACACAAAAGUUAGCGCAAAUUGUUUGCAAAAACGGCUAUACAAGGAAAAACUCGAUCUCUUCACGUAAAUAAUGUGCGGCGUAAAAAAGGUGCUUGUUAUUGUAUGAUUAUUGAUAGCGGAAGUCCUUCGUUGCACGGCGGACGAGGCGCCUUGCCUUCUGAAGGCGGCAGCCCAUCCGAUCUUCUAUUUCUUGCUGGUGGUGGUGCUUGUUUUUGUGCGUAAUUUGAUUAUAUAGUUUUUUAGAGUACAGUUUUUUUGGUGAUUUUUUUGUAUAGAAGAGAAAAAAGUUGUGAUUUUUUGAGAAGGGAAAUUAAAGAUGUUGAGAAUUAAGAGAGUUCCGACGAUUGUAUCGAAUUAUCAGAAGGAGGAAGGUGAUGGGUCUGUUCGUGUUGUUGGUGGGUGUGGACGGAAUUGCCUCAAAGAGUGUUGCGUUCAAGGAGCAAAGCUCCCUCUGUAUGCUUACAAGAGGGUCGAUAAGAUUGGCAACCAGAAAGCUUUGGAUGUUGAUGAGGCUAGAGAGUCUCCUGUUGCUUUCCUCGACUCACUCCUGCUUGGAGAGUGGGAGGAUCGCAUGGAAAGGGGCUUAUUCCGCUAUGAUGUCACUGCUUGUGAAACCAAGGUGAUUCCUGGUGAUUACGGAUUUGUUGCCCAGCUUAAUGAGGGCCGUCACCUGAAAAAGAGGCCAACUGAAUUCCAAGUGGAUAAGGUCUUGCAACCCUUUGAUGGCAGCAAAUUCAACUUCACUAAAGUUGGGCAGGAAGAGGUGCUCUUCCAGUUUGAAGCAAGUGAAGAUGGUGAAGCUUACUUCAUUCCUGGUGCUCCAAUUGCUGUUGAGAAUACUCCAAGUUUUGUUGCCAUUAAUGUCAGUCCGAUUGAAUAUGGACAUGUGCUUUUGAUUCCUCGAAUUUUCGAGUGCCUGCCUCAGAGGAUUGACUAUGAGAGUUUCUUGCUUGCUCUCCACAUGACUGUUGAAGCUGGGAGUCCUUACUUCCGGCUUGGAUACAAUAGCUUGGGUGCAUUUGCUACUAUCAACCACCUCCACUUCCAGGCUUAUUACUUGGCUAGCCCAUUUCCCAUUGAGAAGGCUCCUACCAAAAAAAUCGGCACUACUAGCAACGGGGUAAAGAUUUUCGAGCUUCUGAAAUAUCCAGUCAGGGGUCUUGUCUUUGAAGGUGGGAAUUCCUUGCAAGAUUUAGCCAAGGAGGUCUCAGACUGCUGCACUUUUCUUCAAGACACUAACAUCCCUUACAAUGUCCUCAUUGCUGAUUCUGGAAGGCGGAUUUUUCUUCUCCCACAGUGCUAUGCUGAGAAACAGGCUCUAGGGGAAGUGAGUCCUGAGCUCCUUGAUACUCAAGUCAACCCAGCGGUGUGGGAGAUCAGUGGGCAUAUUGUGUUAAAAAGGAGAGAGGACUAUGAUGAGGCUUCUGAGGGGAACGCAUGGAGGCUCUUGGCGGAGGUGUCUCUUUCUGAAGCAAGGUUUGAAGAAGUGAAAGCCAUGAUAUUCGAAGCCAUUGCUUGUCCCGUUGUUGAAGAUGGUUCAGACACACUUCGUGAGGAAGCUGAGCUCAAAUCUCGAUCUGGUCUCAGUGAAAUGGACGCCAUCAACUCAGCUGCUUCUUCUAUGGUAACCGGAAACCACGGAUGCUUAGUUCUCCAGUAAUGUGGAUCUUCAGCUUAUUAAUAUGCUGUUGUAAAAUAAUGCAACCAGAGUUUGCAUUGUAUGUUUUUUUUCCCAAAUAUUGCAUGUUUUUCUGCUAACGGAUUCUUAGGUUAUUGUAAGUAUUAACUCAUAAUAGAAAAAAAGAAAAAAAAUAGCAGGAAAAAAAUAUGAAAAAAGGAUCCUGUUUAUUAUAGCUAUUGUUGGCAGCUUUCCUCAGGAUUAAUGUGAUAUUGAUACGGUUGCCCUGAGCAAUGUUACGCUUGUAAAAUGCUGGUAUUUGGAUUUAAAGUACUUCUUGCGUUUCAAUUUAGUCGUGACACUUUUUAUUUUAGUAAGUUUUAAUUUAGUUGUGAUA